AUGAAAACCGCACGCCCCUACCGAUCACAUCGAUACCCUGCCUGUGGCCGCUGUCACAAGCGUCGGUCUCGGUGUGUGAUUGAAGUGCCCGGACAAGGGUGCUCACUGUGCUACAAGCACCGUAUCCCCUGCUCGUUGGCGAGCACCAAUGGCACCAACAUCCACCAUGUCGCUCCCAGUGUCGGGUUCGUCCACCGAUCACUUCUCGCAGAUGACCAGUCUCUGGAGAGCAAUGCGUUUCUGGUCGGCCCGGUGAUUGCCAGGGACAAGCAGAUUCUCGACCAGUAUCUUCCACACGGCCACGAGCCGUCACUCUCGGAUCUGGGCCGACAAGAAGCAGCGGAGAAACCGAUCUACCAUAUGCCUAUCCCACCGCGGAUGCCGAGUCCGACAGGAUGCCAGUGUUGGCGGGAAGUGCCACGGGAGUUGUUGGCCCAGGUGGAGCCGUACCUGGAGGAGCUGAUGUCGAUGUACUUCGAGCAUGUUGCGCCCUGCUACCCGAUCGUGGACGAAGAGUACAUCAUGACACGAAUCCGGAACCGGGGCCACCAGCUCCCGCAGCUGUUUUCUGUCAUUCUUAUCUCACACGCGCUCUUCUACUGGGACCUGUCGCCCGGUCUAACAUCCCACAGACGGCCCGACCAGGACCUGGCGUGGCAAAGUGCGGUAGCGUUGAACGCGGCAAGCAUCCAAAAGGGUGACGUGGCGACGAUCGCGACCUUGUGCAUCGGCGUCUCCGGCCGCCCGUGUCAGCGCCUGGUCAACAACGCGACGAACGUGGCGCGGUGCGUGGCGCUCGCGCACAUUGUCGGUCUGAACCACGACUGUCGGGAAUGGAAAAUUCGCGACCUCGAGAAACGCACCCGCUGCAAAGUCUGGUGGGGACUCCUGAUCCAAGACCGCUGGUUCAAUUUCGCCCAGGGCACCCCUCCCUACAUCUCGCAAGACCAUUACGACGUGCCCGUCCCGACGGUCGAGCUGCUCGUCCCCCAAAGUCGAGCCAAUUCUCCCAACCACGUCCGCGCCGCCGAGAUCUACAUCCAACUGUGCCGACUCACCGAGAUUAUCGGCGAAGUGUUGCCCAUGAUCUACCACCUCCGCGUCCGCGCCGGCGGGAUGACCACCACAACGGACAGAGCCUCACGGGCUGAAGUCGAGCUGGACCGCUGGAUUGAGAGAUUCCCCGCAUGGUUGAACCUGACGGAUUUCUCCGACGCCCGGCCCCAGGUGCCCGGGUUGGUUAACUUGCAACUCUCCUACCUGGCUGUGCGGAUGCUCUUGCGCCGCAUCGCCUGGCACGAGCACAGCCUGGGCCUGGGCCUGGCUCCGGGCGAGACUGCUCCCGAUUACUCGUGGUUACUGUCCUGCCAGGCCGCAGCCGAGGACGUCGUCCGGUUCGUGACCUCGCUGACCAGGGACGACCUCGCGGGUUUCUGGCUCCCUUACAAUGCCCACCAUUUCACCUCGGCUGUCACCUUAUUGCUCCGCUGCGCGCUCCAACAGACCAUCCACCCGGCCGUGCGGGACCAGUGCAUGGCCAGCGCGCGCACCUUGGUCGACCGCCUCCGGAGGUAUCGCGAGGAGGAUAAGUGGGAUCUCGCGGAGACGUGUCUCUCCCAGAGUGAGUCCAUCCUGAAAAGGAUCGAGGAUUUGCCUACCACGACUGUCAUCCCAGCAACUGCCACCACCACCAGCAGCUAUUCUCGCCACCUCGAUGACCAGGACUAUGGAACGAAUAAUCCAAUGGACCAGACUCUGUCGGAUAACGGAGGCGAAGAAAUAUUUGCUCCGCAAUCUCUGUCAUUCUCUCUACCGGGACGAGAACAUGGUUCCAGUCUCGAAGAACUGUUUCCCGAAAUUUUUGGCGAUUGGUAUACCGACAACUUCCUCCUCGAGCCAGAUGAUUUCAAUUUGGAUGCUUGA